CGCAACACUUUGUCCAACCUCCCCCAACAAGUGUCGCCAUGCCGUGCUUUUAGCGCGCGCUUCCGAUCUGCUGUGAUUUGCUAUGCUCGGCUGUCUUUCAUUAUAACACGCCUUGGAUGAUGCUAGUUGCGCAAAUGGUCUUGCUGCCACCUUAACUUGGAAACACCACAACCCGAAACUGCUGACCUGCAGUUGUGUCUUUGUUACCAGCAUCUUUCUUGGCUCACUUGUACCAUUUAUUAUGGCAGAUGAUACGGAUGACAGUGGCGGGGUGAUCCUCGAAGGACCCUUCGAUCCCGACGCUCAAGCCACUGUUACAGAUUUCAUCGACUAUACCGAAUACCUCCCAUCCGACCUCAUUCGCUCUUUGACGUUGAUCCGUGGUCUCGACGAGACCUACCUCGAUGCCACCCAGACCGUGCAUGAGCUUACGAAAGUGUAUGGGAAGCUUCCCGACCUACCACCUGAGUCUCGGCCGAACCCUCAAGAACUUCGCGAGAAAAUAUCUAUACAGUUGAACCGUGCCAUCAAUGCGCGUGAAGCAUCUUAUGCAGAGGCGUGCAGAUUAUAUGAUGUAGUUGACCCCCCCUCUCGUGAACCUACUCCCAUCGCAACUUUGUCGCCAGCUGCAAAACGCUCACGAAGUGGUAGGAAGACAGAAGAAGGCACAACACGAAUUACGCUCCGUGUAGAUGGUCAAGGGUCUAACAAAGCUGGUCUUCCAAAAUCUAGGAAUCGUCGUUCGGCAAUCGUUGGUCUCGAUCCCGAUUCGCCUAUAGCCAGCACAGAGCAAUCAGACAAUGAGACACCCAAGGCGGCACGAUCACGUCGCGGACACGCAAUCUCAAGGGGUGGAGAAGGCCCUUCGCCAAAGAAAGACAAGAAGCGUUCUCGACCAGCGCGACCUCCUGGGAAGGGAUCCAAUGGACGCAGUGUCGCCGGAAUUUCCACAAGCGGUGCCUUGGCAUUACUCAAUCCGCCGCCAGAAGAUGCCAAGAUUGGCAGUGAAGACCUCCCAUGGCUUAGACUGACCGAGUGGGAAAUGACGAAACUUCGUAAGAAGAUGAAGAAGAACGCCAUCUGGCAGCCAAGCGAGAUUAUGAUCAACCGAGAACUUGCACGAAAUGAACGAGGCUGGGAAUGUUAUCGAGCCGCCAAAGCGCGUGCAGAGGCGACUGGAGAGGAAUUCAUUGACUGUGAUGAUAUCGAAAAUACCUAUGUACCGGGAAAGCUCACCCGCAAGACCGAGGCCACUGCUGAUACGUCUGCAGCAGAAGAGAUUAAGACUAGCAAUCGUGGAAUGAAGUUGAAUGAAGCGAAAAGGCUCAAACGUGAAACCCUUGCUCGCGAAAAUGCAGCUGCUUGGGCAGCUGCAGAAGCGGAGAUGGCAGCUAAACGACUGAGAGAUGUCGGUUCUUCUUUUAAGAGCCUAUUUGCCACCUCGCCCGAAGCGAAUUAUUCUGUCCCCGGCUUGAUAAAUUCACCGAUACCUAACGGAAUGCCUUCAACGCCUUCAUCCAAAGCUAAAAAUCCCAAAAAAAGAAAGGCCGAACAGACACCGUCGACAGAGCCGGUGCCUGUAGCUUCCAGUGUCCAACCAAGCAAUGAUACUGUUUCUCCUAAGCCUUCAUCUAAACGGCGGAAAUUAAGUAAGGCUUCUCCUAUAGAGGCGGUCACCGAGGCCACAGUCCCUUCUACAGCAGCUACCUCUACAGUUGCGGAACCUGGCGCUCCUAUAGUUGAUAGCAUUUCACCAAGUGAGACUACUAAGACAGCAGCUUUGAAAGUAACAUCAUCCAGCCCACCACCAACCAGAGCACGUUCAGCAGCUUCUCGGGCCUCUGUGGCGCCGACUAUCGUGUCAAUAUCAAGUGGUGUUGCCAAGAAAGUCACAACUCCAACUCCCCCAACGACUCGGCCUCCAUCGAGACGUCGAUCUGCCGAUGCAUCAACUCUUGCCAAUUCUAUGAUAUUGUUACGUGACCCUCGUCGUCGGAAGAGUGCAACGCCUGCAGCAAAAACGCCUGGCUCUGAAAAUAGGCGAGGUUCUAGUACUGGGCCCUCAGUUAUACGACGGAAAAAGCGGCCGGCUCCUGGACCAGUGUCAGCUAACCUCGACGGCGGUGCUACUGUUUCUCAUGGCAAACGCAAGUUCAAACCGAAGAAGCGAGCAGGUGGCAAAGACAGCGUCAAGGGUGAUGAUUAUCGGAUUGAUGAGGACGGGGUGUUGGAAAAAGUCGAUCCGAAUGAGCCUCGUUACUGCCUCUGCAAAGAUGUUAGUUUUGGGAUCAUGAUCAACUGCGAAAAUUCUGAUUGUGAAGGCGAAUGGUUCCAUUUAGAAUGUGUCGGCCUGAAGGAACCGCCUAGUCGACGAGCUACAUGGUACUGCCCUGAUUGUCGAGUGAAACUGAACAAGGCGCCUGAUGGCAUCGAAAAAGUCGGUACACGGCGGUGAGUACUAGAAUUCUAUGACAGUUAUAUUUAAUGGGAGGGCUCGGGUCUAUGAUUUGUUUCGGCGGGUCUUUUUUUUGCUGUUCUGAUUUCUCGCGACAUGAUACCAAAUGGCGUCAGCAUUGAUGGAUUUUGGGUUCACUGGCAUGAGGACUGGGUGAGGCGUUGAUUACAUUCGAAGAAAAUAAUUAAUCUGAGCUCGAUAUGAAUAGAUAGAUGCCUUAGUGGAGAUGACUGAGAAUGACAACCCAUCUACGAUUUCCUGACUCGAUCGAUAAUAC